GCGGUCUAUUUCGGAGUCUCCGUAAAUUCACCCGCCAAAAAAUUGAGAAACGCAUUUCGCCAUCUUCUCUCGCGCAUCCCUGUCGCAAAGCACGAUUCUUUUUCUUUGUCAUGCCGGUUUUUGCCUAGAUCCUGAAUCAAGAUUGCUUCUUUCGAGCGCGCUUUCGCGUCUGAGCUCAGAUCCGGAAGAUUUCCUGGGGAUUGUGAAAUAACUGAAUUGUGAGCUUCUGGCAGCUAGAGCGAGAUGUACGGGAGAAAGGCGAGCCAGUUGGUGAGAGAACUCACUGGCGGUGAGAAGGGGCAGCUCAAGGCUUUUAAUGAUGACUUAUUUAAUCAAGUAAUUAAAGAAUGUAGUUCACAUCAUGUUGGGCUUCAGGCCUUGUUCAGGAAUAUGCAGGAAGAAGGCUUGGAUAUCCAAACAACCAGAAAUGCAGAUUUCUAUGGUGCACUGAUUCAUCAUCUUUCUCUGACUCGAAAUAAACGCUGCCUAAUGGCAUACAUGUACAACAGAGCAGAGGUUAUUAGAAGUUUGAAGUGGAAGUUAGGGCGUGUGCUUCCCAAUGAACUUGUUACAAAGUUAAGCAACUCUGAGAAGGAGUACUUUAAGGGUUACUCUGCUGCUCUGGAUGCAUAUAUGAAUGAAAUGAAUCUGGAUUUGACAGUGGAUAUGGUGCCACCGAAGGAUCCCUACAUUCAGGUUAGAGUUCUUGAUGAUAUUGGUGAAGUGUUGCUCACGGACCGGUCUGCCAAUCUUGCUCGCUACUCGAUGCACUUUCUCAAACGAACUGACGCUGAACAAUAUAUUUGUCAGGGUUUAAUGGAGGAACUCUUAAGCUGACCAAUGGAAUUAACCCAGUCCAUGCACUCUCGAUGGGCAUCCACAGGCUCUCUAGCUGAAAUGUACUUGUAUUACGUCGCUGCUCUAAGCACGAGCUAAGCAGUUGGUGGAAGAACAAGCAGAAGUGAGUCAGAUCAGAAUACUGAUUAUCUUGCCUGGUCAGACAGCUGGACAUAGUAAACAACACCCAAGAGAAAAGAUCAGACAUGAUCGCUAGUUUAACUUGCAGAAAUAAGUGUAAAUCAUUCUAGCAAUGAAGAUGACAUGCCCAAUUUUUUUGCUAUUGGCUUUCAGCAAAAGAAUAUUAAUGGCUUUUUAGAUGUGGUAGAACUCAUUUAAGAGCCAGCAAAAAUAUGACUACCACAGAUGUACAAAUACAUGAAACUUUGGAUGUAUUUGAGAGUGCUGUUUGCAGGAUGGAUUAUGCAAUAAUGGGGAAUUAUUGUUUUUUUUUUUCUA